AUGCUUACCGAUCCGGUGUCGGUAUCAACGAUGGUAUCCAAUCAUCUGUUCUACGUCAGCCGGGCCGACAUAUUUUCCGUGUAUCCGGAGAUACUGCGCGAGCUACUCGUCCUCGAGGAGCUUCUGUUUCGCACGAAAGCGAUUACCGCGUUCGGACAUACGAUCGCCGCAAGCGAUCGAGUGCCGUUACAGCUACCGAGUGAGUUCGAGUGGCAACUAAAGCAGUACUUCCGGUUACUGGAGCAACAGAAGAAGAUUAACGCCGCCACCGAGCAAGGAAUCGAGCUGAAAAGCUCCCUGGAGAAGGUCGACCACACCUACUGGGAGGUGAAGGCCAAAUCCAUCGAUGAGGUCGUAUCGCCGAUGACUUCGCCCGCUAGUGGCGAUUCGUCCACCGCUUCCUUCCGCCGACGACGGCGCCUCUGCAUACUGGACAAUCCGAUCGACUUCUGUGACAUCGCGGCCUACAACCAGUGGCGGCUGGAGGACAUCGUACGGGCCGGGAAGUUGCUGCACAAACCACCGCUGCCGGUGCAGUUCGACGAUGAGUACGAGAUGCGUAAAGUGUACUCCAUGAUUUACGACGUUUACCGGUUCAAGCUCGUUCUUCAACAGGCAUUGAAAAACAUUGGCUUCUACGAAAGCUACCCGAUGUUAGCCACCGAAACUACGCGCGUUUGGUUGCUGCUUUACGAUAUGUAUUUGCGGAAGUUUGUGAAGCGCGAACCGGACACGGCACCGCAGAAAGAUCAACUGUUCCACGAGGCACAUCUGCUGGAGAUUGAACGAUGUCUGGAGCUGAAUAGCGUCAAAAUUGCCGCAGCACUCACGCGCAUCCGGAUCCAGAACAGCGCCUACAAUAUGCAGUGUCUGCUCCCGCUGCAUCUGCAGGACAACAAGGUAGCGAUCGUCGUGUCGAACCCCAUCAUAACCGGUUGGAUCAAUACGUUUCGCAUCCGGACGAAGCAGGAAGCGAACGAAAUUCUGAAGCAGCUUGGGUUUGAACUCAUCGAACCGCCCGCCCCGGCCAGCUUUCAAAGUUUGCUAAACCUCUUCAGCCCACGAGAAAAGACCGGGUACGUGCCGAUCUCGAUGAAUCGCUACAAGUGGGACCGGCUGUGCCCGCAGGUGGUUUUCAUCUAUCCCGAGGAUCGUUCCAAAUUUGUGCAAUCGUCCAUUUUCGUAGACCAUCAGUUCAUCAUACAGGAUCGUUCGUUUACCGUCGGUCCCACGGUUUUCUCCCACCUGCUCGACUACUUCGAAGUGCAGGGUGACGUUCUGCAGACGCAUAUCGCUUCACCGCGUUCGACCGCGUAUCUGGCCUCGCUGCUAGCAAACUGUAACCGUGUGCGCAACUUUGUCGCCUACGGUUGUGGCAACAAGCUGGGCGAGUAUCGGCAAUAUAUGGCCGAACUGGGCGUAACCAACGUGAAGCUGUUCGCGGAACCGUUCUCCGACGUUCCGCACGGUUCGCCGAUCGUCGACAAGGUGGUGGGCAUCCUGGCGAACCCGCCCAGCUCGUACAGCGCGGUCAGCGAUCCGAUCGAUCUGAUCUGCAGCCGGGGCGGUGAUCUUUCGAUGCUGGAAAUGUUGUCCGAGUCGGAAAUGACGGACGACAGCCGUCGGAGGGUUUCGCAGCUGCUUGAAAAGCAGCGAGAAACGCUGAAGCUGGCCAUGUCCCGGCCGCAGGUGCAGUUCAUACUCUACCAAACGCACUCGAUCGUGGAGACGGAGAACGACACGAUGGUGCAGCGGGCGGUCGAAUACACCAACCAAAAAGCGUUCGAGGUGCAUUACAAAGCGAUGAAGGAACGAGAGCAGGCAGCGCUUGCCGAAGCGGCUGGCAAUACGCUGGUGAACCGAUUGCUCGGCAGACAGGAGGCUGCCGCUCGGGCGAAAAAUGUGGACGUGUCCGACGGUGAGCGUGAUGGUGCUGACGGGGGCGCAGAUGGGACGAGUACGCGCAAAAAUUCCGAAGAAGAGGUAAAUGUGCCACCGACCGACCAGUUCGAGGUGGUAGAGCUGCCCGACUUCUGUCCCCAGCAGGAUGGCUGUCUGGACUUCAAGGAAUGUGGUGUGUACCUUUCGCUCGUAAAGCGCAAGGAAGUGAUACGGUUGGAUUCGAAGUAUCUCAUCAAGAUUGCGGAACUGCGAGGCAUUUUCGGGGACGCCAACAAUGAGCCCCGGUUCAACGUGAAGGUUGCGAAGCGUGCGGAUCGAAAGUCGGAAGAACAGGACGCGCACGAUCUGCUGAAUCGCAAGAAGCGACUGAAACGGCGCGGUAGCAAUAUGGAUUCGUUAAUCACACGCCUCAACACACCGACCCAGGCGUCCCUGAAGCGUGCACACCAUCACCGGAUGUCGUCGGUAGAGCAUAAGUUUAUGUUUUUCGAUGCCUACCGGGAAUGGUGUCCAAAGUAUGCGAACCGUAGCGAAAACAAUCUCAGUGUGAUGUCGGAUGAUCGGUCGUCUAGCGGCUCGAUUGUUCGGGCACGUGUCUGGUGGAAGACGACCAUCCACUACGUGAUGCAAAAGCUUCGCCUGGCGCGAUUGGAAGGCCCAGAGGAUGGGGCCGCCGAUUUUCCACCGUUACUGUUGCGGCGCUAUCCAAUCGGAUGUCGGCACGGUGAGGAAGGAACGAAACGGUUUCGUUGGAGUCAUCAGAACCGCAUACCUUACCCACUGCCUGUAAGGAUACUGGAGUUCCGGCAGUAUAACUCCGAAAACAGCUUGUUGCACAAAACUACAGAACCGGAAAAGGAAUGUCCAAAUAGGCAGGCGAGAUUAAGUCGACAGAAUGCCCUCACCACUAACUGUGCCGGUUCACGUGUUCGUUUGAGAUCGUCCCAGUCUUGCUAA